ACUGCGGUCAGUUUUAUCACUUAGAAGCAAACCAGUCGGCAAAGCUUCUCGAUCGAAACUUCGCCGGGGGAAAAAGACGCGAGGGGAGAAAAUGGCUGGUGAGUCCAGGCACCACUUAGUGAAAAUAGCUGAUGAUCUGGAUGAAGAGGAGCUAAGGGACCUGAGGUUCUUGUGCUCUGAUCAUCUUCCAACAGGCAAAGUGGUUAAGAAUGCCCUAGAGUUAAUUGAAGCACUGGAGCAACAAAACUUGGACAUUUUACCUGAACUCCUGAUUCGAAUUCAGCGACCUAAGCUACUCUCCCAUCUAAAUAAGCGGAAGGCUGAAGUAGAGGAGAAGUUAAAACAACCUGGAAUUUGUAAAAUCGGAAGUUACAGAGUGCUGCUGUAUAAUAUUUCCAAGCGUAUCGAUGAUAACGAGAUUAAGACGAUCAGUUUUCUAUUGAAUAUACCCAAGGGAAAGUGCCAGAGCAUCAAGAAUUUUAUGGAUAUUUGCACUGAAAUGGAAAAAGAAGGAAACAUUUCACCGAAUAACCUCACGUGUUUGCGGAAUGCCCUGGAGAAAAUUCGAAGAAUAGACCUAGUAAAGCAAGUGGAAAUUUACCAGAAUGAGGCAACAGAUGCACUUCCACUUCAAGAAAGCAGGAAGCAAGGAUUGCAAAGCUCCGUCCGUCAGUUGGACACGAGAUGUCCUGAUCAGGUUGAUGCUAAGUCAGUUACUGCAGGAACCAUCAAUCACCAACAAUGUCAGCAAGCCUCGUCCAAUGUGAGUGACCCAACGGCAGAAAGUACGAACUUCCAGGGAGCAGAAUGUUCUUCUGCAGAGCAGGAAUCCAGUAGCAUUGAACAUCUGGUGCAAGGUACAAGAGCAAUAAGUAUGGAAUCUUCACAAGGUAGAACUGAACAGAAAUCUUGGAUAAUUCAAGAAACCUCAACAUCCUUCUCGCUGGAAGCGGUGCCUGGCUCUCUUCCCAGUUCUCCUGUACGAAAGGUUCCAAGCAGCAUGACAGGUCAACAAAACCUGGGAGUUGGUAAGACCAAGCCUAUUGAAGAAUAUAAAAUGGACAGUACACCACUUGGAAUUUGUUUAAUAUUAAACAAUAAAAAUUUUGAUGGGAUAAACUACACGGAUAGAAAUGGGACAGAUUGUGAUGCAGAGAGACUGGAAGAAGUGUUUACAUGGUUGGGGUUUCGAGUUCACAGGUUCAAUAACAUGACUGCAGACGAAAUGCUGAAAAAAUUGGAAGAAUAUAGUAAAUACGAUCAUGACAAAAUGGAUUGUUUUGUGUGUUGCAUCCUCUCACAUGGUGAGAAGGAUGUAGUUGUGGGAAUUGAUGGAGAACAUCUUCAGAUCACAGACAUGAGAAACUUAUUUUCAGGCUCUCAGUGCCCCUCACUACUGAAAAAACCCAAGAUCUUCAUCAUUCAAGCUUGUCAAGGCAAAAGUUCGCAAAAAGCUUGCUUCAUCGUCAGCAGCAACUCUGACCUAGAAACAGAUGCAUCUCCACAAUCAAUCCCUGAAGAUAGGGAUUUUUUGAUUUCAAUGUCUACAGUUCCUAAUUGUUUUUCAUAUAGGACAGCUGAAGGGACCUGGUUCAUUCAAACUCUGUGUGACUGUUUAAAAGAAUAUUGCGUCAAAAAGUAUGACCUGCUUUCAAUUUUGACUGAAGUAAAUCGAAGAGUGAGCGAGAAACAUCCAAAUAUCAAGCAAAUCCCAGAGCCACGAUUCACCCUAUCCAAGAAGCUUGUAAUUUUGCCAUCUCUCAGGAAAAACAACUGAUUCAACUUGUCUCAUAAAAGUAUUUUUAAUUAAGGCAAUAAACAAUUAAAAAGUUAUAGCUGAAUAAAGGAUUAUCGAAGAAUUGUGUGAUGCAAAGAAUAAACAGUUCACUUUAAUGUAUCUGUUCAAAGUCAAUGGCUUUGAGCAAGUGAGAGAUAAUUCAUAACAGUGCGAUUUUUACAAAAGACUGGAGUUUAUGAACAAAGUUUGAUCAACUACAAUAUUCCUUUAAUUCUAUCUGUUGGCAUUUCGAAGAGUUCUACCACGGAUUUUGGUGAAUAGGAAUUGGCACUAUGAGUACACUGGACACAAAGGUUUUUCGAAGGUUUAAGCUCCAACCUGGGCACGUUUGACUUUUUAAAUCAUGACAGGCCCUUUUUUUGUUUUCUUUAAUAACUGUUCAGUUAAGUUAACAUUCAUAAGUAUAUUUUCUCUAUGAUUGCAUGCAGUGUACGGUCUGUUAUUUCUUGCCGCCGGGCGAUUGCAUGGGAGCAGUAAGUUACACAGUAUUCACACAAAAUGGGGUUCAUGUGGGUGAGACAUCCCAACCUCACAGGGUUGGCAGGACCCAAGUCAUAUCUACCCUAGAUGUAGAGAGUCUGGGAAUCUACUGUCAAGGUGAAGCCACACUCAGGUUGAAGGAACAGCACCUCAUAUUCCAUCUGGGUAGCCUCCAACCUGAUGGCAUGGACAUUGAUUUAACUUCCGUUAAUGCCCCUCUCCCCUUCUUACCCCAUUCCUUAUUUAUUUUUAUUCCCCCCUUUUUUUCCUUCUCUCUCUGUCCCUCUCACAAUCACUCCUUGCCUGCUCUCCAUCUUCCUCUGGGCUCCCCUCCCUUUCUCCCUAGGCCUCCCGUCCCAUGAUCCUACCCCUUCCCCAACUCUGUAUCCCUUUUGCCAAUCAACUUUCCAGCUCUUAGCUUCAUCCCUUCCCCUCCUAUCUUCUCCUAUCAUUUCGGAUCUCCACUCGCACUCCCAGUUUCAAAUCUCUCACGAUCUCUUCUUUCAGUUAAUCCUGCCGAAGAGUCUCGGCCCGAAACGCCGACUGUACUUCUUUCUAUAGAUGCUGCCUGGCCUGCUGCGUUCACCAGCAUUUUGUGUGUGUUGCUUGAAUUUCCAGCAUCUGUAGAUUUUCUCGUGUUUACGGGGUCUGGGAAAGGUGGUUUUCUCAACGCUGAUUCCGGGGGCUGUUAGCGAGGGGCUAACGAGCUCCUCCAGAGAUGCCCAAUAAAAAAGGGUUUCAUUGUGCGGGCUAUCAUCCCAGAUUGAAUUCGUUAAAUACUGUGUAAUUGCUCUACGAAUUGAUUAAGCGGUUGUGUGUUUAAACCUGUGUUAAACAGUUGUCCGAGAAAGUGAUUAAAAUACGU